UAGAACUAUUUCAUAUAAACUCUGUUUCAUAUUGGCUUAACCUGGCACGACAUUUUGAUAACCGCGCAAAUCUCUCAGACACGGUAAAUUGUAUCAAUAUAUUCACGUGUAAUUACCUCCCAAAAUGAAAUGCCAAUGGGACUUUCAUAAAGAACUACACAUCUUGUCGCAAAGUAUGACGUCAAACCCUCAAGGCACAGUUCUCCACGCAAACUCCUCGACAAGUAGCCUAGCAAGAAACAGACAUUAUAGGCGUUUUAGUUUCUCGUGUGUAUAUCGCUUGCUACCUUAAACGGCUUUAAAUUACUAUAAUUUAUUAAGUUACCCUCUGCCUUUGUAGAUAACUAGCAAACCUUAGGUCUCUCCGUCGACCAGAAGCAAGGAUGGGUCUGUGCUAUGUAACGUUACCGGAUUGUAACCACUACUCCAAUAAGCACAUGUACAUGUUAUCGUUUUCCAACCUCUAAGUGAGAGGCAUCGCUAGAGCUGUGUGAUAAGAUGGACGGACCAGAAACCCAGUGACAACACUCGGGUCUGUAGCUGCCAUUUUCCAGUGGGAAAGAGAGAUGGCUCUGUAUUUACCAGAGUAGGGAGUUCAUCCAUCAUGGUGGAUGAGGAAGAUCCAGACUGGGGAUUGGGAAAUGAGAACAAACAAAUAGGAUUGAGUGUCCAACAGGAGUGAAUCCCUCAGGCUAUCCGGUGCAUGGACAUCCUGUGGCAGUGUGAUCCGGUUGUGGAGAUGACAGCAGAUCGAGCCUGUGGACAGACAGUUUUAGACAGGAGGCGUGACAUGUGGAACAUCAGGCGCUCACCGUGAGAAGCAGUGCAUGAUCAACACCAGCCUCAGCAAGGAGAUCUUGUCACGGCUGUUGAAGGAGGAGGACCAAGGUGCAACGUGUUGGGAAUGGUGCACUGUCCAAUGGUUUCCUGCUGCUCCACCGACAACGCCACGCCAGCCAGGAUGCCUGCAUGCCCCAGCAGUUACAGUAUUUUUGAACCUACUGGUGAUCAUCUCCAUCUCUCACUUCAAGCAGCUCCACACUACAACCAACCUGCUCAUCCUCUCUCUGGCUGUGGCAGAUCUCCUGGUGGGACUGAUUGUGAUACCAGUAACGACUGUAGCAUUAAUGGAAUCAUGCUGGGGUUUUGGGAAAUAUUUCUGUGUGUUUCAGAUCUACAUUACUUUCUUAUGUAGUUCUUUAUCUCUGGGUAAUUUGGUCUUGAUAUCUAUUGACCGCUAUGUUGCUGUGUGUGAUCCCUUAUUGUACCACUCUAAAAUAACAACAACAAGAAUGAUAUGUUGUAUAUUCAUUACCUGGUGUUGUUGUAUCAUAUACCGAGCUGCUAUUAUAAAAAACUUUGUAAAUGUACAGGUACCCAGUCGGUGUUUGAAAGAAUGUUUUAUUGUUGAAGGAAUAACCUGGGGAAAUAUAAUUGACCUUAUAUUUACAAUGGUUGUCCCGUGCUCUAUUAUUAUAACACUUUAUAUGAAAAUCUUUGUGGUGGCCAGAUCACAGGCCAGAAAGGUCUUUUCAAAAGAGGCUGCCAGUGUGUCUGGUGUUAAAACUGUACAGGCAAAUAAGUCUGAGAGAAAAGCAGCAAAAACCCUAGCUAUUGUUGUUUUCAACUAUUUCAUUUGUUGGAUUCCAUUUUUAUUUUCUUUCUUUUUGUAUUUUUUAAUUGGCAGUUUAUUUUCAGUUAUGAUCAUCGGCUUUCUACCACUAGUUAAUUCUUUUAUCAAUCCAAUAAUUUAUGCUUUCUUUUAUCCAUGGUUCAAAGUGACAGCUAAACGUAUUUUAACUCUGAACUUUUAAAUUGUAUUUUUUUUUUUAAAUGUGUAUUCUUUAUUUAACUAGUCUGUUAAGAACAAUUUCUUAUUUACAUUGUCGGCUUAACUUAAGGCAUAAAUAGUUUUUAUUUCUACGUUUGACAAACGUGUUUUGAUAUAGUUUUGUAAUACAAUUGUUGUAAUUGCUUCUUUCAUACACUGACAUUACUUAUCUCAGUAUUGUCAUCAUAUGGUAGAUGCGUGUGGUGGUGAUACAGCAUUAUUUGUCUGGAUUGGUUUGGAAUGACUUGGAAAAAGUAUAAGAAAGCAUAAGCUUGUUUUAUAAAAUACAUUGUAGUCAUUGUGGGUUGUACAUUCCAAAAACCAAUGUCUGUUGUUCCAUGUUAUUUAAUAAUAAAUAAUAUGUAAGUAUUCUAAAAGUA